UCGGCACGCACUCGCGUAUAUCGCCAUCCAUCAAUCCGGUGCAACGCAACCACCACCAUGACGCCUACCUGCUACCUCCCGGCGCUGGCCGCCGUUGCCGCUCUCCUCUUCCUCGCCGGCAGGUGGCAGGAAGCCGAGGCGGGGCCGGAGAACAACGACUGUGCCGUCGCCCAGACGGCGUUCGGGGACUGCAUCGCCUACGUCUCCGGCUUCGAGGACAAGUUCUCGCCCCGCUGCUGCAGGGGGCUCGCCGACAUCAAGGACAUGGCGCCCACGGCUGACCGGCGGCGGGCUCUCUGCGCGUGCAUCCACUCUGAGAUGGUCGCCGUUGGCAAGGUGAUCCCCGACCGCGUCAACAGCCUCCCCGCCAAGUGCGGCGUCCGUAUCACCUUCCUUCCGAGCAGCUACUACUUCAAGUGCUCGCGGAUUCCAUAAGCUGACUGCUCAUUAACAAAUCAGUCUACGACGCCUAACAAAGAGCAUCGAAUAAGAAGACGCGCAGACUGGGGGAAUUCUUUUUCUUCUUUCUUUUUUCUGAUCUUUUCUUCAACCCCCUUUCACUUGUUAUCCGAGAAGUAAGCGAUGCAAUAAUCUUGUGAAGACUUUUUGACUAAAGACUCAGCAUGUGUUUCCUCUGAAACAUUUAUUUAGAACUAAUUUGCUUCCUCUCGAAUAUUUUUUAGAAGAAGGAAAAGUUGUGAGUGAG